AUGGAGAGUCUUGCGUCAUCGUCACACGAAUUUAUGAUCCAUCACCAAGCGACAUACGAUACCCCAUCAUCUCACAGCUUCGACUCGCAACAAGUACAGUCACUACAGCCUGUACAUCGUAAUCUUGUGCAUCAUCCUCCUGCUGCUGAAAUGGACUCUUCGUUUGCGCGUGGCCCUACCACUGAACUUACGGUGAAUCACACUUUCAUAAACGGCAUGGUAAACUGCACCAAUGCCCAUCCAGUGGACUUUUCCCAAGGCUUUAACUGUUUCCCUUCUCCCGAGCCCGUCAUCGCUACACCGAUUCAUGCGCCAAAUCCAUCGGCAACGAAUAUGAAUUUGGAACAUCAGUUAUCCGCCUGGCCGCACGAUACCCUUGGAAAUCGCACAGUGUCGCCAAUUGAUCAUUAUGUAUAUGACUUCGCAUCAUCGGCCGAUCGCAUUUCAUCAGAGUUCACAUUUCAAGGCCCCAUGAACCUCACGGGGGUCCACUGUUCUCCUCCAGCCGGGACGCUCCAGCAGGAACGAUCCCCUGGCAAUUUCUCCAGGCUUACCUUUGUGAUGGAGGACGGAAUAAGGCCAGCUCGUCAUCGCGAAUCGCGAGUACAGACAAAAGAGGAAUCAGGCGAGAGAAGAGAGAAAAAUAAGAGGCUCAAGGAAAUGGGAGGCGUUUGCCUCUGGUGUUACCGUUUGAAGAAAACUUGCGAACCGCAACUUCCUUGUCCGCGUUGUCAAGACAGCAAAUCUAAUUGCAUCAGAAGACCUGCAGAGCUGUCCUUGCUUCCCUGUCAGGACAUGAAUCAAGGCAGUAUUUCGUUUCAAACGAAAUCUGAAGAUAUUCUUUCGUCUCUACAAAAGAUAUCCCAAUGUGCGUCUUCGCAGGCUGUUGUCAGCUUCUGCCAAUGCAACGGCGAAGUGAUAGAUUACUGGGUCAUGCAUGCGGCCGACCUCGGUGCUACAAACAUGAACACUUCCAGCGGGUUGGGCCAACAGCUGAUUCUUAAGCUCCUGAAGUGCGUUCAAUCUGCAGAGAUGGAUAAAUUUGAGACGGAAUUCCCUGGCAGCUCUCUUGUGCAGACUGCUGUGACCAUGCACAAGCUGCUCUCGGCGAUUCUAUGCCUUUCCAAGACGCAGGUAUACUUGCGAGCGAGCGAUGUAGAACAAACAAGGAUCGUGGUGUCCUUCAUGCUGGCUCUCUGCCGACAAUGUCUCUGCGAAUUGUCAGACGACUUGGGUUCCGAAGCCUACAGCUUAAUCAAACAGAAAUCAGACUACGACGGUGAGCCUGCUGGCAUGAAGAAUGACUGCAGCGGUGCAAGCUGCGUCAACCCAGUUUGGGUCGCUGUCGGCCUCUACCACCGAGUCCUGGAAGCCCUUUCUAGCUUCGAACUGCCACCGCCAAUAGCUGACAUAUUUGAUAAGGUUAAAAUUCGCUCAAACAUGGUGCUCUCCAAUAUCUAUUGUGUGAAGGAGAAGAUCGCGCACGUAUUCGGGUCGAAGCUGGAGAAAGAAAAACUGGAGGCCGAAAAGGUGUCCUUUGAGCAAUAUAUCCCGCCAGUCUCCUGCCGUCGAUACUUCAACGUCGCGAUCUGUUUCGGCCCUUUUGAUCAGAGUCAGCCAUCCACAGCCAUUCACAGACAGACCUAUCAAUCCUCCGAUGUCUCAUACGAUGCUGAGUUUCUUCUUAAGGAGAGUUUCGAGCCUCCAACUCGUGCCUCACCUAUCCUCGAAAGCCAGCCUCAAGACAUGAUGGAUGGUGCAGACUACUGGGAGAAUUUGGAAGCAGAGUUAUCUCAAAUUCAUCCCUUCGACGAAGGCCUCACCGACUUUGAGGCACUGGAAAACGCGCUGAUGGGCGACUGGUCUAAGCCUUCGCCAACCGACUCCUGGAGCGGGACGACGUUGGUUAAUUCUGUUUACUGCAGCCUGGUUGGAAGCUAUUAG